AUGGUGAUGGUGUUUCUGACGAUGAGCGUAAGGAAAUGGGAAGUGUUGGGAAUCAGGUUUUUGAUGGACAAAGAAGAAUGUUUUUCACAUAAAGUCGAGUCUCCUGCAACCAUUCGAUUUUCAUUUGUUGUCAUUCAGGUCUAUAAUGCUUGGGAUAUCGCCGUCGUUGGUGUUGAUCUUGUGGUGAAGGGACCGAAAGGUGAGCAAAUUCACGACAUCCGUGACAAAACAAGCGACAAGUACGAGUUCGUGACACAUAACGAAGGCCUCUAUCAAUUCUGCUUCAGUAGCAAAUCGGCGUUCCAAGAAAUCAUAGACUUUGAUGUCCAUUCGAGCCACUUGUAUAACGACUUUCAACAUGCAAAAGAUGAUCAUUUCAAUCCGAUUUUGGAACAGAUUUCUAAGUUAGAGUCCGCUUUGAAUAACAUUCAAUUUGAACAGCAUUGGCUCGAGGCCGAGAGUGAUCGGCAGACAAUAAUAAUGGAAGCGAUGAGCAAGAGAGCGAUGCACAAAGCUAUCUUCGAAUCUACCGCUUUGGUCGGUGCAAGCAUAUUGCAAGUAUACCUUCUCAAACGCCUGUUUAAACGAAAGCUCGGGAUGUCAAGAGUUUAA